GGGGCAGGUACAGGGGAAAGGUAUUGGGGCGAGGUGCAAGGACAAUGCGCCCAUAGACAGAGCCACGGCCAGGCCAGAAGGGACUAGGGACGGGACUGUGGGUAGCGGGAACAGUGGAAGAAUCCGGAUCCUGCGCAAAGCGCAGGGCCAAGCUAAGCUGCGCUGCACUGUGGUCCCCAGGCAGCCACUGCAGAACGGCCUGGUGGACAAGCGCCCCUGAGCCCCUAGUAGACUCAGCCCCACCUCCCGGAGCCGCCACGCCCCUCAAAACCCGCCCACCCGAGCAACCAGAUCCUGACCCCGCCCCCGGCCCUGUCUGGACUCGGCGACCCCCGUCCUCCGGCCAUUCCCUCGAAGAUGCUACCGCCACGACGUGGUUCCCGCUGCCACCUCCUUCUGCUCCUGUUCCUGGCGCCACUGCUGCCCUCGGUGACAGCGGCUCAAGGCCGCGCGCCCCCGGACCCCGCCGCUGCCCUGCUGCAAGCGCUUGGGCUGCGGGAUGCGCCCCAGGGAGCCCCCAAGGCCCGGCCCGUGCCUCCGCUCAUGUGGCGACUGUUCCGCCGCAGCAACCCCCAGGAGGCCAGGGCCGGCCAGCGGCGGACCUCCCCGUGGGCCACUCCGCGACCGUGCCAUGUGGAGGAGCUGGGGGUCGCCGGGAAUAUCGUGCGACACAUCCCGGAUCGUGGUGCGCGCGCCCGUCCCCCGGAGCCCUCCUCGGCCUCGGCGCCGUGUCCCGAGUGGACCGUGGACUUCGACCUGUCAGCUGUGGAGCCCGUGGAGCGCGCAAGCCUCGCUCGCCUGGAGGUGCGCUUCGCGGCGGCGGAGGCAGCGCCCGCGGACGGCUGGGAGCUGAGCGUGGCGCCCGCGGAGCCCGGGCCGGUGCUGCUCCGCCAGGAGGUGCGCGCCCUGGGGCCACCGGUGCGCGUCGAGCUGCCAGGAGUCCUGUGGGCAGGGCACGCGUCGGCCCCGAGCAGCCUCCGCCUGGUGCUGUCACUGCGGCCCCAAGCGCCUGCUGCCGCCUGCGCUCGCCUGGCCGAAGCCGCGCUGCUGCUGGUGACCUUGGACCCGCGCCUGUGCCACCCUCUGGUGCGACUGAGGCGUGAGGCCGAGCCCGCGGCGGGCGGCAUCCCCGGAGGUGCAUGUCGCGCGCGGCGGCUGUACGUGAGCUUCCGUGAGGUGGGCUGGCACCGCUGGGUCAUUGCGCCGCGCGGCUUUCUGGCCAACUACUGCCAAGGACACUGCACGCUGCCCGCCGCGUUGCCCGGGCCCGGAGCACCGCCUGCGCUCAACCACGCUGUGUUGCGUGCGCUCAUGCACGCGGCAGCGCCGGGUCCUGGCGGCCUGCCUUGCUGCGUGCCCGCACGCCUGUCACCUAUCUCCGUGCUCUUCUUCGAUAACAGCGACAACGUGGUCCUGCGGCACUACGAGGACAUGGUGGUGGACAAGUGCGGCUGCCGCUGAUGGAAGCAGCACCCACUUCCACGUGUCGGGGCGCCCUGCGGGGAUCCCCACUCAUGCCCCUCCUCACUCUGCUGCCCAGGCAGUCCAGCCAGUAUCAUAUAAAGGCAGAACUGUUUAUUAAGAUUUUAUUGGUGACAAAAGAGCUUAAAACAUAUUGACCAAAAAUCAAAUUA